AUGUCUUCCUGGACGCCCCAGCCUGCGGGCCUGCAGGAAAUCCUUCAUACAAUCCACGAAUCAACCACUACAAGUGCCACUGUCCAGCGCAGCAUCACAGAGAAACUUAACCAAUUCACGCGCGCACCAGAGUACAUCGCAUAUCUCGCGUACAUCUUGAGCAACCUAGCCCAGGAGGAGGAUCGCAUACGGACGAUAGCGGGCUAUCUGCUGAAGAACAAUGCACGCCUCAUCCUGUCUGCCCCCAUCGAAGUUGUCGAGUUUGUGAAAGCGGCGGUACUCAACGCCUUCAAUGAUUCGUCGAUCAUGAUUCGCAACGCCGCGAGUCAGGAUAUAGUGGCCUUUCUAGGUGUUCUUGAGCCAAGGAAUUGGGCAGAAUGCCUUCAGCACCUGUUCGUCGCACUUGAUUCCGCUGAUUUGGAUAGGCAGGAGGCGGCCUUCAACGCUCUAGAGAAAGCCUGCGAGGACUACCCUCGCAAAAUGGACAUCGAUAUCAACGGGACACGGCCCCUCGAUGUUAUGAUUCCGAAAUUCCUCGCACUCUCUGAGCACCCUUCAGCAAAGAUGAGGGCGCAUGCUGUCGCGUGUCUGUCAUACUUCGUCCCCAUCAACUGUCAGUCGCUUUUCGUUCACAUCGACGCAUUCAUCGCUUGCCUGUUCAAGCGGGCAUCGGACGAGGACCCUUCGGUUCGCCGGCACGUUUGCCAGGCGCUCGUUCUUCUCCUUGCCGCCCGACCAGAGAAACUCAUGCCAGAGAUGUCAAAUGUUGCACAGUACAUGCUUUUCUCGACAAAGGAUAAACACGAGAACGUCGCCCUCGAAGCUUGCGAGUUCUGGCUCACAUUCGCGGAGGACCAGGAGCUCGCCCCGUAUUUGCACCCAUUGUUGGAUCAAGUCGGUCCGACGUUACUCGAUUGCAUGGUCUAUGGAGAAGACGAUCUCUUAUGGCUGGAAGGAGAUGUGGAGGAUAACACCGCUGUGCCCGACAAAGAAACGGACAUCAAACCGCGCCACUAUGGCGGUGGCAAGGGCCAUGGAUUCGAGAGGGAGGGUAAUGGCGAAGAGGGCUCGGAGGCGCCUAAGCAGAAGAUCGGCUCUUACGGCCAGGAACUCCUCGAUUCGGAUGAAGAAGACGAUUACGACCUCGACGAUGAUGACUUCGCCGAUGAAAUGACCACUGAGUGGAACUUGAGGAAGUGCGCUGCUGCUGCCCUCGACGUCCUCGCUGUGAGGUUUUCGGGAGACCUUUUGAGAGUGUUGCUUGGCCCUCUGAAGGAGAAGCUCUGGAGCCAGGAUUGGUUGCAGCGAGAGAGUGGUAUUCUCGCACUGGGUGCUAUGGCCGAAGGAUGCAUCGAGGCCAUCGAACCUCAUCUGCCCACUUUAAUUCCUUACCUAAUCAACACUUUGAGUGAUCCUAAGCCGCUCGUGCGAUCAAUCACAUGCUGGACUCUUGGGCGCUACGCCAGCUGGUGCACACAACCCAAAUCAGAAGAACACAAGACCCAAUACUUCAUCCCGACGAUGGAAGGUCUCCUUCGCAUGGUUUUGGACAACAACAAGCGUGUCCAGGAAGCAGGAUGCAGCGCGUUUGCUACCCUGGAGGAGGAUGCCGGCCCUGAAUUGGCACCUUAUCUUGAGCCGGUGUUGAGGAAUCUUGUCGUUGCAUUCGACAAGUACCAGCACAAGAACAUGCUGAUAUUGUACGACGCUGUUGGCACAUUGGCUGAUGCUGUUGGACGGGCUCUACAAAACCCUGUUUAUGUUGACAUCCUCAUGCCGCCUUUGACCAACCGGUGGUCCAAGUUGAAGGAUGACGAUGAAGACCUCAUUCCGUUGCUUGAGUGCCUCGCUUCUGUGACCAUCGCCAUGGGUCCGGCCUUCCUUCCCUACGCUGGACCCGUGUUUGAGCGUUGCAACAAUAUCAUUCACCAAGCCCUCCUUCAAUACCAGCAGUAUCAACAGAAUCCUGACCUUGAUGAGCCCGACAAGGCCUUCCUUGUCGUGGCCCUCGACCUGCUAUCUGGUCUCAUUCAAGGACUCGGAAUGUCGCUCGAGCCCCUCAUCAAUACGAGCCAGCCAAACCUCCUCUCGCUGCUUACAGUGUGCCUGAAGCACCCGCAAGCGCCUGUCAGGCAGUCUGCCUACGCGCUUGUUGGCGAUCUGGCGAUGGGAUGCUUCCCUUUGUUGAGGCCGGCGAUGCCAGGCAUCAUGCAGGAGCUCAUCUUGCAGCUUGAUCCAGAGCCGAAGUUCGAGUUUGUCAGCGCGUCGAAUAAUGCUGCGUGGAGUGUUGGAGAGGUUGCAUUGCGUUAUGGACGUGAUGAACUCGAGUUUCAACAAUGGGUUAACCCACUCAUCCAACGGCUCAUCCCCAUCUUGUUGCACCCUAAGGCACCAAGGAGUCUUCAUGAGAAUGCUGCAGUGUCGAUAGGCCGCAUUGGUUUGAUGCAUCCCGGCCUGGUGGCUCCUCACCUGCCCGAGUUCGCACAGGCCUGGUGCCAGGCACUGUACGAGAUUCGGGACAACGAAGAGAAGGACUCUGCGUUCCGUGGGUUGUGCACGCUUGUCCAGACGAAUCCUGGCGGUAUGGCAAAGAGCUUAUUAUGGUUCUGUAACUCUAUCAUUCGAUGGAACCAUCCCUCCCCAGAGCUCAACAACAUGUUCCAGUCGCUGUUGCAAGGGUUCAAACAGCACGAUGAGGUUGGCUGGGCGGCCCAAGUUGCUUCGUUCCCGCCCGUCAUCCAGGAGCGACUAGCCACUCGCUAUGGCGUGUAA